CCCCAGCCCGGCGCACACUUCCUUGUCCCCGAACCUCAGACGUGUCGUCUCGCGAGGCUCAGCCGCCCGCCGAGGCCUCGUUCCUCCCUCCGCGCCAAUUCCGAGGUCUCCGCCGCGCUGCGGCAGGAACCCGGGCCCUGCGCUCCAGCCCGGCGUCGCUCCCGCUGCUCUGCCCCGCCGCCGGCCCGCGCUGCCGGGGCUGGGGAGCGAGAUGUUCACUCUGCCUCAGAAGGAAUCUAGGGCACCUGCCACCUGCCCGGGCCCAACCUCCAUCCAAGAUCUGGACAGGAACUAUGGGGAUGAUCUGGAAAGAGAAUGCUCCAGAAAACCAGACCGGAAGCUGCCAGAGUACUGUGGAGCGAGUGGUCCCACUGCCAUGUUGUCCUCAGACAGCUCCUGCCUGUCCUCGAGAGGAAGAGUCAUUAAGUGGUUCUGGGACUCGGCAGAGGAGGGCUACAGGACCUACCACAUGGACGAGUAUGAUGAGGAUAAGAACCCCAGUGGCAUCAUUAAUUUGGGCACCAGUGAAAACAAACUCUGCUUUGACCUGCUUUCCAGGCGGCUGAGUCAGAGCGACAUGCUGCGGGUGGAGCCGUCCCUGCUGCAGUACCCCGACUGGAGGGGACAUCUGUUCCUCCGGGAGGAAGUGGCCAGAUUCCUGUCUUUCUACUGCAAGAGCCCCAACCCCCUUAAACCAGACAAUGUGGUUGUCCUGAAUGGCUGUGCCUCUCUCUUCUCUGCUCUGGCCACCGUGCUGUGUGAGGCGGGGGAAGCGUUCCUGAUCCCCGCCCCUUACUAUGGGGCCAUCACACAGCACGUCUAUCUCUAUGGCAAUGUCCGGCUGGUGUGUGUCUAUCUGGACAGUGAGGUCACUGGGCUGGACACACGUCCCUUCCAGCUCACCGUGGAGAAGCUGGAGUUGGCCUUGCAGAGAGCCAAUUCUGAGGGUGUGAAGGUCAAAGGUCUCAUCCUCAUCAACCCCCACAACCCUCUGGGCGACAUCUACUCCCCAGGAGAGCUGCGGGACUACCUGGAAUUUGCCAAGAGGCAUGAGCUGCACGUGAUGGUGGAUGAGGUCUAUAUGCUGUCCGUGUUCGAGAAGCCGACGGCCUACCGCAGCGUCCUGAGCCUGGAAGGGCUGCCUGACCCCCAGAGGACCCACGUGAUGUGGGCGACCAGCAAGGACUUCGGGAUGUCUGGGCUCCGCUUCGGCACGCUCUACACGGAAAACCGGGAUGUGGCCACUGCGGUGGCUUCCCUCUGCCGCUAUCAUGGCCUCAGUGGUUUGGUCCAGUACCAGAUGGCACAACUGCUCCAGGACCAUGACUGGAUCAACCAGGUGUACUUACCGGAGAACCAUGCCCGGCUCAAGGCUGCCCACGCCUAUGUGGCAGGAGAGCUCCGGGCCCUGGGCAUCCCCUUCCUGAGCCGCGGGGCGGGCUUCUUCAUCUGGGUUGACCUGAGGAAGUUCCUGCCCGAGGCCACCUUUAAGGCAGAAAUGCUGCUUUGGCGCCGCUUUUUGGACAACAAGGUGCUGCUGUCCUGUGGCCAGACCUUUGAGUGUAAAGAGCCUGGCUGGUUCCGCUUGGUCUUCUCGGACAAGGCCCACCGGCUUCGGCUGGGGAUGCAGAGGGUCCGGCAGGUGCUGGAGGGCAAAUCCCAGGUGGCAGAAGAGCCCUCUUCCUAUCAGACCCAGAAGCCAAGGAGUCAGCACAGAAUGGAGGAGUCGUGACUGCUCCCGACCACAUGCCUUCGCCCCCCUGAGGACGUGAAAAGAAAACAACGUGUACCUUCUUUUGAUGACACCCUCUUUCGUCCUUUGUUGCCGGGAAACAAGUCGGAAGAACAACGCACAGAAGACAGAGCAUACCCAAGAAAUAAACAGGAGCAAUAGUUCCCAAGUCCCAGGAGGAAGGAGUUAAUUCUGUAUGUUCCGAUCGCUCUCCCCAGGGAGGGUGUGUGGGCCCCCAGGACACCUGGGACCUGGGACAGGCCUCCACUUGGGCGGCGACAGACAAGACGCAGGGGGGCGACCAGGAAGAGCUGCUCUGCCUCCUCCUUCCUGGCAAGGAACUGCCUUCACCAACCAUGUCAAACCCGAGUGAGCCAGCCAUGACUGCUGCGGGGAGCAGAGGGCUGGACUUGAACCCCGGCUGGCCCUUCCAUCCUAAGCAGGCAGGGGGCCACUUGAGCCAUCCUCAGGGGAGCUUGAGUUUGGAGCCCAAGUGGGCUUUCUGGACUGACGUUAAAGCUGUGUGAGGAGGACUCUUCUUUGGGGUAGAAAAGCGGUCUCUUUCCUUGCUUCUGUUUUAAGAGAAUGUCGGGCCCAUCGUGUGUACUUUCUGCCACCCAGAGUAUUUGAUACAGGGUUCGCUUUCCUCUGACUUGAUGCCCUUCAUCCGUUCAUCCCUUCUCCAUCUUUCCUUGAAUACCUUCCACGUGCCGGGCACCGUGCUGGUAAUUUCUGUGCAUUAUUUCCAACUCUGACAAUCCAGGGAAGCUGACCCUAUUAUCCUCCACUUGGGAGAAGAGGCCACGCGUCUCAGAGAGCUGGAAGGACAUUCUCAAAGUCACGGAGCCAGACAGCAUCAAAGCCGGGAUUCAA